GAGCGAGGAGCGCAGAUGACUAAGGGUCAUUGAACGCCCCACGGCCAUUGUAGGCGUAGCGGGAGAGAAGCGAGCACAUCAAAGCACUCAAGACUACCUUCGCUGUCCGUCUACCUCCUCCCGGUGUCGCAGCUGUCUCUUGCUGACGGGCCGGUACCGAGGGAUUCACCGGAUAAACAGGAAACACCGUUUCCCACCAAAGAGGAUAUAUUUUUCUUCCCGCACCAAUUAUCGUCAGACAGCGGACACUUUUCAUUCGCCGCAUCCGUCUCUUUAAAACGAAUGUUAGGCGCUAAAGACCCCAACAUGUCCUCAAAGGUGGCGUCCGUUUGUUGCCUUUUUAUUUUGGCGCACUUCCUCUUCUGACUCUGCGCUUUUUGCGUAGACAAAGCGGCUAGCUUACUUGCUAGCUAGCGCGCCAGCAAGCGGCGGCCGCUUUUCUGCCUUUAAUUAUCCUCAGUUGGUCUUCUCAGCAGAGGACAUUUGCUUCUUAACCCGCGGGAUCAUCUCCUUAGCGGCCGUCUGGCCACUGGAAUGGUGCCAUCGAAACGGCGGAACCGGAGAGAGAACCCCCAUUAGAGGGGACGCGGGACGGGGACAGGGGGUGGGGGGUCAGUCUGGGGAGUUAUUUUCUCUUUUUCUGGAUGAUGCUGACUUGUGGAGCCUCGGGAGCUGAAUGUAGCUCAUUAUUGGACUCGUUUGACUCUUUGUCGGUGUCCUGAUCUCUGCUGCCGUCACCAUGGACAUUGUAUGAGCGUCCUUUUGGUCCAGCGAGGAGUGUUAUUAUUGACAAGACGCACAUACACGCUGCUCAUUUCCUUUCUCCCCGCCGGAAGUCCACUCAGGGAGCAGCAUGUCUUUACGCAAAGCUCUGCCUGGAAACGAGAGGAACCCUGAUCAUCACACCUCCCUUUCCACCAGCCGCUCAGACAAAGGAACGGGCUGGUCGAGCCGCUCGCUGGGCGCACGAUGUCGAAACUCCAUCGCACUGUGUUCAGACGAGCAGCCACAUAUUGGGAACUACCGGCUGCUCAAGACCAUCGGCAAAGGCAACUUUGCCAAGGUCAAACUGGCGCGGCACAUCCUGACGGGCAGAGAGGUUGCAAUAAAGAUCAUCGAUAAAACACAGCUCAACCCGACCAGCCUGCAGAAGCUGUUUCGUGAGGUACGCAUCAUGAAAACUCUGAACCACCCAAACAUAGUCCAGCUGUUUGAGGUCAUAGAGACGGAGAAGACGCUCUACCUCAUCAUGGAAUACGCCAGCGGGGGGGAGGUGUUUGACUACCUCGUGUCUCAUGGCAGGAUGAAGGAGAAAGAAGCUCGGGCCAAGUUCAGACAGAUUGUGUCAGCAGUGCACUACUGCCACCAGAAGCACAUUGUUCACAGAGACUUGAAGGCAGAGAAUUUACUACUCGAUGCCAACUCCAACAUCAAAAUCGCCGAUUUCGGCUUCAGCAACGAGUUCACAGCCGGCAGCAAGCUGGACACCUUCUGUGGCUCUCCGCCUUACGCCGCCCCAGAACUCUUUCAAGGGAAGAAGUACGACGGUCCUGAGGUCGACAUCUGGAGCUUGGGCGUCAUCCUCUACACGCUGGUCAGCGGCUCCCUUCCCUUUGACGGACAAAACUUGAAGGAGCUGCGAGAGCGAGUUCUGAGAGGGAAAUACCGUGUGCCCUUCUACAUGUCGACAGACUGUGAGGGAAUCCUGCGUCGCUUCCUGGUCCUCAACCCAACCAAGCGCUGCUCUCUGCAGCAAAUCAUGAAGGACAAGUGGUUGAACGUGACCUACGAUGGAGAGGAGCUGAAGCCUCACACAGAGCCCGAGGAAGACUUCAAUGAUACCACUCGCAUCGAUGUGAUGGUGGGUAUGGGCUUCACCAGAGAUGAGAUCAGAGAUUCUCUGGUCAGUCACAAGUACAAUGAAGUGACGGCGACGUAUCUGCUACUGGCGCGCAAGACGGAUGUGAAGGCUGAAAACACUGUGACCCGGUCCAUCAGCAAUCUCAGUCUAGCUCGAGUCCGGCCCGGUGCCCUCGCCAACGGGACCAGCAAACACUCCACUUCCUCCUCCGGCGCCACGUCCUCCUCCGCGGCCCACAAGCCACAGCGCAGCGUCUCAACCUACCAGCGCCAGAGACGACACUCUGACUUCUGUGGUCCGGCUGCUCCGGGGUCCACACACCCUAAGCGCAGUCCCAGCGGUGUGGGAGAAGGGGCGGCACUCAGAGAGGAGAGGUUGUCGGUCCGAAAGCCCAGCAACAACACCGUUAGCUCUCGUAGCAUCCCGGCCCCCUCCAGUCCCAUGGUCAGCUCUGCUCACAAUCCAAAUAAAGCAGAGAUACCAGACCGACGCAAGGAGGCCAACUCCACCACGAAUAACGUCUCUGCUAGUGCCAUGACUCGAAGGAAUACAUAUGUGUGCACGGACCGCUCCGGCACUGACAGGCACUCGCUGCUGCAAAAUGGCAAAGAAAACAGUGCCCUAUCCCACCGCCUGCCCCCGGCCUCCCCCUCCACCCACAGCAUCGCCGGCGCGUCGGGCGUAUCCUCUACGCCCUCCUCGCGUCUCUCCAGGGGCUCAACGGCGAGGAGCACUUUCCACGGCGGGCAGAUCAGGGACCGCCGGCCGACCUCGCACGCCGCACCGGCGUCCCCCACGCCGUCUCAUGACGCCAGCCCCUUGCCCCACGCCAGGACACCCCGCGCCACAAGCAACCUGCUGAGCAAGAUAACCUCCAAGCUGACACGCAGGGUCACUCUUGACCCUUCUAAACGUCAGAGCUCAAACAAAUCCAUGUCGGGCUGCACCCUCCCACAGGGGACAAAAACAGUUAGGUCACAGACGAACCUGAGAGAAUCAGCAGAUCUCCGGUCACAAGAGUCUCAGGGUAACAGCAGCAGUCGCCAUCUAUCUGGGCAUCAAAAAGCGGCAGAGCCCCGGACCCCCCGAUGCGGCUGGGAUGUGAGGGUGCGGAGCCCCCGCGACCCGGCCGAGGUGGUGCUCGCGCUGCGCGAGGCGGCCCAGGGCUGCGGCUGCCAGGUCCACCUGGCCGGGCCCUUCCUGCUGUCGUGCACCCACGGCGCGGCCGGCACUCGCGUGGCCUUCGAGGCCGAGGUGUGCCAGCUGCCCGGUGGGCUGGGCCAGAGCAGCGGCGUCAGGUUCAAGCGCCUGUGGGGGGCGCCGUUAGCUUUCAGAGACAUCGCCACCAAAGUAUCGAAGGAGCUGGAGCUCUGAGAGCGACCGAAGGCGGGGCAGAGUGGCGACGAUAGGUGAGGAAGAAGAAAAACAAGGUGCAAGCUCCUCGCCCAUCCCUCCUUUUAGCUCCGCCUUUUCUGAUGUGACUGGCGACGCCUCGCCUCUGCCAAAGACCUUGUUUCCAAUCACAUGGCUGCAGUGACAUGUUGACUGCUGAAACAAACACCGCGUUAAAGAGCCCAUCAAGUCAAUUUUGUUUUUAUUAGAUUUGUCAUCAUUCCUUUUUAAAGAGCUGCUAUUUAUAGUCAGGUUUUCAUGAAGUUUCUCUAUUAAGUUGAUUCUCUUUGACAGACAAUGUUCUCUGUAGCAGAAGUCACAUGUUGUAGUGAUGCACUCUGGCCACUAGAGGGAGACUUGCAGCGUAUGCAGAGAAUUAAUGAGCGCAGUUUGAUGUUACUGCUUUUAUCAAAAUGAUUUCCUGCUAGAAGUGUUUUUGCUCAUUACAUUUGGUUUAUGCUCACACACCUUUAGACGAGCAAAGUCCGCAUUCUUAGUGUCAGAAGACAUUCUGCCCCCUGCUGGUUAGACCUGUUACAGCUUGCACACGUCCCCAACAAAUGAAAUUCUUCCAUGAAUGUCCAAAGUUUGGCCUGGGUGGAAAUGUUCAGCCCACGUUAAGUUUGUUAUUCCUCUGUAUAAGAUACAGAGGAAUUUAUACAUACACACCUGUAUGUAUAAAUAAUGUACAUACAUAUAUGUAUGUGUGUAUAUGUAUGUCUAUAUAUAUAUAUAUAUAUACUUCUAAUAUGUAAAUAUAUAUGUAAGUUAUAUGUACGUAUGUACUAUUUAAAUGUACAUAUGUAUAUAUAUAUUAGACGAACGUAUGUACAGUAUGUGUAUAUAUACAUAUAUAUACACUUAUGAAUAUGUGUGUGUAUAUGUAUAUACAUACAUACAUAUGUGUGUACUGUAUAUAUUUACGUUUGUAUGUAUGUGUGUAUAUAUACAUAUGUAUAUGCUGUAUGUAAAUAUACGUAUGUAUGUUUGUGCGUUUGUAUGUAUAGAAAUACGUAUAUAUAUAUUUACACAUAUAUACAUGUGUAUAUACUGUAUGUAUAUAUAAAUAUGUAUGUAUGUAUAUACAUAUGUGUGUGUAUAUAUAUACUGUAUGUAAUUACGUAUAUCUAUAUAUUUAUAUAUGUGUAUGCUAUAUGUCUAUAUAUAAAUACAUGUAUGUAUAUAUAUAUAUAUACAUAUAUGUGUGUAUAUAUAUUUACGUAUAUGUAUAUAUUUUUAUGUGUAUACCAUAUGUCUAUAUAUAAGUAUGUAUGUAUAUAUACAUGUAUGUAUGUGUAUACAUAUUUAGGUUUAAAAGUGAUUUGGGUUUUUUCAUGAUUUUAUUCACCUUUUAAUUGUACGCCUCUUUAAAGCACUUUAAAAUUGCAAUGCGAACAAAUUGUGCUUUUAAAAUAAACUUGCCCUACUUAAUUUAACCCCUUUUAUACAUCACAUUUCUUAUUAGUAAUCUGUACUAAUUUUAUUAUUAUAUACCACUAACUCAGACGUUUUUUAGGGCUUUAGCCCACUUGAAAACGUAACAUAUUUUGGAAGAAAUUUGUACCAUGGAUGCAUGGAAAUCAUCAAAAAACCACUAAAACACACAGGCCGUCAUACAUUUUGGUUUUCAGGAUUUUGGCUUUAAAUUGUGUUGCGAGUCACAAAUGGCACCCGGGCUGCAUUUUGGACACCCCUGUUAACGAGGCGUUUUCUCAUUUUGAGUUUUUAGCACUGUACUUUUGACAUUUCAAUUGGCAUUACGUAAAAACAAUAUCAGUAAUGAUUUACUGAAGUGAUUGAGAAUUUAAAGGUGUGCGAGCGUGAACCAAUGAAAAUGCAUUAGAGGACCUCUGGGCUCUUCUUCGGCGGGUGACUGAAGACCUGAAAUCUGGACUUUUCGCGACGACGAAGUCUUAGCGACACUUUCUAGUCUGCUAAUAGCCGUCACUGUUUUAAUUGGUGGCUUUCUUUUAGUGGACGGACGGCUCGCCCUGCAGUCCUGCACGUCUCUGAGGCGAACAUCAAGUGUGACACAAAUAAAAACAAAACAAGAAUUCCAACCUCUUUUUUAUGGCUUUGUUCAAUUACCCGACAAGAAAGGAAGACGUUUGUGUUUUGAAUGGGGCAUUGUUUAUUUGUCCAGUUCUAAUUUACACCCAGAGAAAUCAUUCGUCAUAGUGCGGACGGAUGGAUUGAUCCCAGGAUGUUACAAAUGAGUCGGAGAAAAGGAAGAUCUGUUUCAUGAAGUCGUCCAAAAGAUUUAACAACAAGGCUACACGUCCAUUUUGUUUUUGUGAUAUAAAAAAACCCAACAGUCAGUGUCGUCUGCCGCUUUACUUCUGGGCGGGGAUCAUACCGUCGAUGGACUCUCCCUUCUCCAGCUUUUUCUCCAUCUCCACCAUCAGCUUGACGCCAUCCACCACCAUCUGGACCUGUUCCACCUCGGAGGAGCCCAGACGGUCGGCGUUGGAGAUGUCGAACACGCCACCCACGGA